UACAUUGCAGUUUUGAUCCUCGCACACGGCCAUUGCAUUCAUACAGCGCUCAGCUACGGUGCGCAAAUCACAGGUGUCCCAGUCUGCUCUGUGGUCAGGAUGGGGGUGAAGGAGCGUCCUCAGUGCUACUUUGAUGUGGAGAUCAACAGAGAACCAGUUGGACGUAUAGUCUACAACUGUUCUCCGAUGUCUGUCCCAAGACGAGCAAGAACUUCCCUCAGUUUGUGCACUGGUGAGAGAGGAACUGGGAAAAGCACAGGGAAAAAGCUGUGUUUUAAAGGCUCCACGUUUCACAGAGUUGUAAAGAACUUCAUGAUACAGGGAGGAGACUUCACCGAGGGCAAUGGAAGAGGAGGGGAAUCCAUAUAUGGAGGCUACUUUGAAGAGUGUGGUCUUUUGCAAAAUGAGAAGACGAGAACUUUAUUCUCAAACACGACCGAGCUUUCCUGUUGUCCAUGGCCAACCGCGGCAAACACACCAACGGGUCACAAUUCUUCAUAAAGUCAUCGUGCUCUUCCAAGGUAAUAUGUCUCCGGGGCUGUUUCUGUUUCUCUCUCCUCUCUUCUCCUGUCUGUCUGUCUGUCUUUAUCUCUCAUUCACUAGUCUGUUUUAAACGUAGUAGGGCCCUAUAAAAUCCACGUUGCGGAGAAUGCGGAUGCAAUCACGGAAUCCAGACAAUUAAAAUGGAAUUCAACAAUAUUAAAAAUGCAUCAACUAAAUGUAUUGAAUUUAUUAGAAAAGUAAUUUAUUUUGCCCAGAUUAUCGUAAAACAUGAAGAGUUAUCAGCACGGGAGUGUCUGUGUGCGCGUUUGUCUACCACUUUUUGUAGUAGCUGUUAGCGAUGAUGCUAAUGUAAUGACUUUCCCAAAAACUUUCUCAGUUGAAUGUUAACUACAAUGUAACCUACACCUACUUUGCAGAAUAUCAWGAUUAUUUGCCUCAAUCCAGUGGCCAUUUUGUUUUGCAAACUCGGUCUCUGGCUGGUGCGCAGUUGAGUUAAAGAAUUUUUCACAGAUCUCAAAAGGGGUCUCCUGAUGUGGUUUAAGCAUGGUUGGUGGACUUAAAACAUCAAAUUUGAUUGUUUUUCUAUUAUAAAAAGUGUGAUUUUUGAGAGCGAAAACCUGAACAAUUUUUGAAAAAUGGAAACCUGGAAAAACUAAACGAGGAAACAGAAUUUGGGGAAAAACUAGAUGGAAUCAGGCAAAGAAAUGAAAGGGAUUUUCUAGGGCCGUAACUUAAUGUACACUAUGAACACAGCCUCUUCUCUACUGCACCAGGGCAGCAACACAACAGAGCCAGCAGUCGUUUGAACAUCCAUCUAGAUGAUAUAUUAUUGUAGUGUGAACAUGUAUUGUCUACUUCUGACAUUGAGCACAGUGAGCCAUUUGACAUUUCGUCAUGAUGGUAUAGCAUGACAAUGACUGUGUUGUCACAAAAGGUUCUGUUGUUCAUGGCUCCAGAAUACCUCAUCACCUGUCCUCACCUGAUAGCAGAAUACCUCAACACACACCUGUCCUC